UGUGGCUAUUGGACGACGCGACGCCUUCUGCACCAUGCGGUGCGCUCGCGUCAAAUCGUCGCGCGCGUGUUAUGGACAAAGGAAGUGGGAAGUUGGCCGCUUCCGCCGCUUCGUUGCUCGGUGUCACGACGCGAACGCCGUAUACAUCGUAUAUAUAAAACCACGAGUUAUAUCUGUCCGCCAUUAUGGUUGACUCGAAUCGAUCAGGCGAGGUCUAUAGAUAACGAUACUCCUCGCGUAGCGGACUGCACGAAAGUCGAUAUCGCAUCGUCGCAGGUAAGUCGAUUGCUGAUCGCCGGCCUACCAUCGUGCCUUUCGACACGAGGGAUUGAAUUGAACUUCGAUUGCCGCGCGAAAAUACGGCACGCGGAAAAGAGGAAAACAGAUAUAGUAGUGUUUAAAACUGGCCGUACUGGCUCACUCGCGACGUACGAUGCGUCUCCGCAUGGCCUCAAAUAGUCUCGAAUUACGCCUCAUGAGAUCUCCGUCGUCCUGAUCCGCGCGCGCGGACGAACACACAAAAGAGAGAGAGAGAAAGAGAAAGAAAGAAAGAGUGAGAGCGAAAGCGAGAACAAGAGCCCGUGAGAGUACAUUACACAUGCCGACGCCGGCGGUCGCGUGCCAUGGAGAGUAACAAGCAGACGGUGCCGGGGUCGGUGCCGAACGGCACGGCGACGAAGCCGGGCACGUCGGAUGACGCCAAGAAUGACAUACAAAUGGUACUGGCGAAAAUGAUGGAGGAAAAGCACACGUAUACAUAUAAAAAAUUGGUGGUGCCGCCGUCGAUGCGGAGUAUUUACUGGAAGUUCUUUGGGUUUCCAGCCACCGAUGACGGCGACAUACUCACCAAGGUGAAGAUCGUCUGCAUACUGUGCAAGACGCAGAUUGCCUACAACCGCAACACGAGCAAUCUACGCAUGCACCUGCAGAACAAGCAUGCCCGCGAGCUCCUCGAGCUCGAGUCGUCCAGCCUGCCUUCUUCGAGACAGGUCCUGUCACAGGACAACAAGGAGCGCAAGAUACAGAAGAAGCUGCUCAAGGCGGGCCUCAGCCCUACGAAAUACAUCUAUACCACCAACGCGGACGGUACCGUUCAGAUAGACGGUGACAUACAGUUUGUUACAGAUCCAAACAUAAGUCUAUCCAACAUGGAGGAUGACAUCACCAUCGGUCAGCCGUUGAGAGUGAUGAUCAAGGGUGGAUCUGGUAUUAACGGUAACGGCCAGAACGUAGCGUUCCUCAUGUCCGAGGAGAACAUGACGAAUCAGUCGGUCGACGUGAAGACCGUGUCGGAUGCGAUAGCCGAGUUCAUAGUGAUGGAUCUGCAGCUGCCCGAAAUUGUAGAAGGACGUGGCUUUCAAAGACUAGUGGCGACCUUGCGCUCACCCUGCGAGAUCCCCAGCAAGAAUAAGUUAGAGGAGGAGAUAAUACCAAGGAUAUACGAUAAUUUCCGAGAUUCGGUGGUUAACUCCCUGUCCUGUGUGGCCACCGAACUGGCACUGACGAUCGAGGAGUGGCGGUCCAACAACGACGAGAGCUUCGUCACAGUGUCGGUUUAUUAUCAGAAUAACGGAGAGGCUACUUUAGAAUAUAAGGUUUUAAGUACUCUUCACGCGCCGCAGGAUUGGGAGGAGCCCCAAUGGGGAAGCGUCAUAGAUUCUUUGUUACUCGACUGGGAUCUUAAAGUCGAGAGAAUAACAGCAGCUGUUGUUAGCAUCUCGAGAGCGGACUUGAUAACGGCACUGAAUAACCGUGGUUUGACUGUAGUACCAUGUUUGCUUUAUACACUGCAAGUGUGUGCGCAGACUUGUUUCGAGAAUCCUGAAGUAUCUCAGACAUUAGCCAAAUGCAGAUCACUCAUCGGAGCUGUCAUAAGUCAUCCAACCGCGCUUGCAUCAUUGACUAUGCAAGAACAAUUGUCAGAGUUGGAGGAAAAUACUGUAUUGUUGGAUUACCCUGCUGUAUGGAUGUCGACAUAUACAAUGCUGGAACAAUUGCUCGCACGUCGUAGUAUGAUUACAUCCAUACUGGAAGGCAUCGAGGGUAUAGAUCACGAAAUGUUUGAAAUCUCCAAUGAACAGUGGAAAAUUAUGGAGGACAUCGUAAAUGUUCUCGAACCAUUCAAAGUUACCAUCAUGACAUUAAGUGAGGAGAAAAUGCCUCUGAUAUCCCUAUUGAAACCAUUACUUUGGCAACUUGUGUCGUCGCAUCUCAAAGUAAAAGAAUCGGACAGUGACAUUGCCAAAUCUUUUAAAGAGUCGUUGUCAGAUAUGUUAUGCGAACGAUAUGCAGAUUACAAUGUCACACUGCUUCUACAAAUCGCAACUACUUUGGAUCCUAGAUUUAAAGCAAUGCCAUAUGUCACUGAGGAAGAUAAGAACAUAGUUAGUACUCCUAUAAAGGAAAUGUUGACAAAGUUGAUUCAGGAAGAAUCUGGGGACAUCUCUAUAAAAAGUGAAGAUGAAGCAGUACCAAGUAAAAAAACUAGAGUCUCAGGUAUGGAAUUCUUACUUGGUGGCCUAUGCACUACAAAGGUUGGUAUGCCCGCGGAAGAAAAAGCGGAUCUCGAGAUUGUGCAAUAUCAAUCGGAGCCCUCGGCACCUCUCCAUUAUUGUCCCCUGCAAUGGUGGUCAAAAGUGUCCGCGAAAUGCCCAAAUCUGGCGAAGUUGGUGAGCAGAUAUCAUUGUGUGCCUGCUUGUUGCGCACCACCUUCGCGCAUCCCACCGGACGUACAAAUUCAAUACGAUACAAAGCGAGCGACCUUGCCACCUCAUUUAAUUGACAAACUACUUUUCUUGCAUGGUAAUCAUACUAUGCAGGUAUGAAAAAUGAAUUUUUAAACUUGCGAGACGCUGCCUGAAAAAUACCUCGCUGGUAUAGAGUAUCUUUACAAAAAAUUGUUGAACUUGCAACAAUUUAAAGUCCAAAGUGAUAUAUACACAAGUAAACUCUCUGUAUAACUUUCUUAUUAAUUUUGUAUACAAUGUACGUAUUAUGUAAGCAUUUAAGUACAGAAGACAUUAAUUUUGUUUUUACUUUUAUCAAAUAAUAUGCGACAUUCCCAAGAUCGAUCAGUUGUUACUAGGUAAAUAAGAUCUGAGGUACAUGUAAUGUAUAAUUUUCGAUAUAAAUUCAUAAUUUAAUUUAUAAUUAAAAGAAUAGAAGCUAAUAUAAGAUCUUUCAUAUAUAGAAGAAUAAACUAUUUUAUAUAAGAUCUAGAAUUUCAUAAAAAAUAAAUAUAAUUUAUUCACGUUUUGCACAAUAAAAAAUGCUUAGAUUGUCUCGAAACUCUCUUCAAUGAAAGCAUAAUCGCUUUAUUUUAUUAAAGCUUAUAUAUUUUAAUAUGUCUGAUUUACAUAAGCACACACAUAUACUGGCACAUAUAAAACUGAGAAAUAAAUGUUUUGGAAUUUGUGACCAUUUCUGAGGUUUGUUAAAAAUCAUAGAAUUUUCAGCUAUUGCGAUUAAUAAAACAUGUAAUCAAAAGAUUACUGUGGAUUGUGCCAUGUAAUGAAUUUUUAGUGUUUUCUUAAAACACACACACACACACACACAAAAUAUCUAAUGGAUUUUGAUCUAUAUUUUGUAUUACAAUGUCUUUGAAAUGUAUAUGAAAAUGUAUGUAUAUUAACAACGCAUACUUAAAAUUAGAUGCAAAUGCAAUUUGAUGUAACAUGCAUCAAUAUGAUUACGUGUGUUAUUGUUUAUCUUAUUUAGUAAUAUUAUCUAUUUAAAAUGUAUAAACAUUUUCUAAAAUACUUAUCGAUAAAAGUUCAAUACAUAAUCAGAAUUGUUUCUUACAUUGAAAAACAGACAAAAUAAAAUAAGAAUUUGUAAUAUAAAUUGAUCUUUUCAUGAUCAUUUGUAUAAAAAAUGUACUCUAAACGAUUUCAAUUUUAUAAUUUAUAUUAAUAUAAACGUAAUAUUGAUACACAUAAAAAUGAGCAGAUAAAACAUUGUAAUAAACUUUUCUAUUUUA